CAACCAAGUAAUCUUUCUCGACAUCUCGUCGGGCAUCAACAGCCUAAUCAAUUUACUGGAAACAGCGUAGCAGAGCUUUUGCAAUCCCUCGCUCUUCGCUCCUCGGCAUCUAUAUCUUGGACAAUGCCUUCGACGAUUCCUGCGAAGCGACACAAUUCAUGAUACGAUCCGCGCCUUUUUCUGGUCUGCCUCCGCAAGGAAAUACAUGCGCAGCUACCAAGCUCCCAUCGGCCUUUAUCCAAACUACCACGAGUCCGAUUGUACUCUCGGAAUAUAUUGUGCUUGCUCGACAUGACGAGGAAGGACACUGACAAGAAAAGAUUGAAAGAGAAGGCCCAAGACCUAGUGCGCGACAGGGCAGAUGUUGUGGUGGAUCCAGAUGAAACGACUGGAGAAGAUAAUUUCAUAUAUGAGAAAUGGCCCGAUGUUUGCGGAGUUGUGGUCGAUAAGGGCAGCGAGAAUGGCUUCGUGCAGAUAACCGGUGGUGGCAAGCCAGCCCAACGCAUAAACACAGGAGAUGGUGCUUCUGGUUUUGCUAAGAUUGAUAUACACAACGGUCAAUCCUGUAUGCUUUACGGAAGACCAACGGUCCUAUAUAUUCGCCCCCGCUCGAGUUGAAAGGUCAAUUCGCGCCUUUUCCCUUUCCAUUAUAUGGAUGAUGAGAUUUUGACCCAUUUCAAGCGAUAACUCAAUUGAAGGCAUUUCAUUCUUCCCAGCGGUUAUUACCAGGAUCGGGUAUUCUGUCGAAUGGUCUUGCAGAAACUUUAUGAGAUCCUCGUUGCGUACGUCGGUACGAUAUGGCCGUGUGUCUGAACGGGUCAGCCAUUUUGGCGUUUUGGGGGAGGGGAUUUUCGUACACUGAUGUUUUCCUACCCCUUUCGCUAAAUCUGCAGCACCUUAGUCUGUUCCCAUGAAUGAAAAUCAGCUCUAACUGACCAUAUGCAGAGGGAAUCUCAUGCGCUUUGGCAAGCGCCUCAAGAAAAGAAUGUUGAAAAUUGAUCAAAUUGUCCUUGAGGUGAUCGAUCAAACCGAUCUUGUCUUUCUCCUGUAACCGGACCACUCUGAAUUUCCCGAGGCUGGCGGCACAUAACAACGUGACUCCUCGUCCGCAAUUAUGUAGGACAUCGCACAAAAAUUCCUGAUAAACGAGGUUAUCACGGCCGGUCUGUGGUGUCUUCAAGAUGUCAACAGCUUCGCGAACAAGCCGUGGACUUCGUCCUGAAAGACGAUCCCGCGUCCUC